AAUCAUCACUGAGAGUGAGAACACUAUGGAAGCUAUCCUGCUGAAUCGCCUGUCCACAUUUGCCACAAACAUCAAAGAGCAUCAAGUAAAAGCAUCAGAGCUAUGUGCGUGUCGUCCAUGGGGAAAGGAUCAGCUAGAGCAAGCUGCUAUUAUCGCCUCCAAACUACAAUCUAUACUGGGAAGAUUUCAAAGUAAUCUCUAUCAGUACUUCAACCUUUCCAAGGAUCCUAACGCCGAUGAGAUUUCAAAUGUAACUGCGAUACAGCUAGACGGUGAUGAAGUUUUAGCUGAACUUAAUGCAAGAAUUCAAGCUGAUAAGGAUACAAGACAAGCCAAAUCCGAUCCUACAAAAAAUAGGAGCAAGUUACCAGAGUUGGAUUUAAUAUCUUUUCAUGGUGACGUUCUAGAAUGGACUCAAUUCUGGGACCAAUUUAGUUCCAACAUUGAUCAAAGGAAUAUACGAGACGUUGAUAAGCUACUAUACCUUAAAGCAUCGUUAAAGGGUGAAGCCAAAACCAUAAUUGAUGGUUUAGAAACCACAAAUGACAAUUAUAAGAUUGCCAUAGAUACUCUGAGAGAGAGAUAUGGCAACAGAGUGCAGAUUGUUGACGCCCACUAUUCUUCCUUAUAUAAGAUUAAGAAGGCCACGAAGCCAGAAGAUUGCAGAAAGACAUUAGAUGAACUCGAGAGACAUCUAAGAGUCUUACAGUCUCUAGGAGAGGACACAAAUCAAAACCAUUUAAGAUUUCUUUUCAUGGAAAAGUUUCCUGAAGACAUCAUUUAUGAAAUGAAACUAAAAUUGAAGAUUGAAUCCAUUGAGGAAAUAAGAAAACAACUAAACGCUAUCAUAUCAGCAAAAGAAGAUGCCAAGAGGAUAAGCGUUGAGACUAAAGGUAUGGAAACAACCUUUACCACUGAAACUUUACACAUAAGAGAUAAAUUUGUGAAGAAAUCCAACGAUAGGAGAAUCAAACACAGAGUUAUAAAUAUGAGGGAAAAACCAAAUAAAUUUAGAAAAAAUACAUCAACCUUUUGAAAUACAUUCACGCCUAAGAAAAGAACAUACGAGGCUAAUAGUGAAUCGAAUAAUGCGCAGGCUUCUGAAAAACGAAGGAAAAUAGAAUGUAUAUUUUGUCAAGAGGAUCAUUACAAUGACGUUUGCACGAAAUUUAAGACCUUGGCUGAAAGGAAAGAUAAAAUACCUAACCGUUGUUACAUCUGUUUGAAAAUUGGUCAUAAACAAAUUACCUGUAAAAGGACAUACACGUGCCAUCACUGUGGUGAAAGGAAUCAGCAUAAUAGAGCAUUGUGCCCUACGAAAUUGCACCAGGUAACAGAGACGUCAUCGUCACGAGAUUCCUGUGCCUGAAAGAUAUAUCUAAACCAGCUAUAAAAGAGAAUCUUAUACAUUACAGAUUUAUACGUGUACCCUUUGCAAUCAUAUCUACCUACCUAUAAUGCUACCAUCAAACAUCACUUAUUCAGUACCAAUGAUGAACGUUUAAAGAGUCUAGCCAGCGACAUCUAUGUACAUAAUAUCUGACAGGAUCGAAUGGAGUCAAAGAAGCGAUGAGUCUGUACAAAGACAGUAAAAUGAUAUGGAUUCCAACUCUAAAGAGCUUAAAUAUGCAGAAGAACAUAACAGAUGCUAGUACAGAUAAAACUGUAAAACUCUUGAUUUAAAAUGGGACUUAGAAAAGGAUACAAUUUGCCUAAAGAUACUACUAACUAAACUACUAAUGCUUUUACGA